AUGAAGAAAGGUUUGGUGGAGGGUGAGUGCGGUCGAUCGAAUGCUCUCGUCGGAUUGGCCAAUCAAUUCGGCACAUCGAAUCAACGAAUUUCCUCAUCAAUUCAACAGGGCACUUCAACCCUUCUCCCAUCGUCGUCACAAGGAGAGCUUUUUGCGAACGAAUUCCUUCAGCAGAAAGCUCAAAGGACAGCCAUCCCGAGAACUUUCCAUACAUCGUCCCUCCUCCCACAACGACCGAGCGCCUCAAAAACCUCGGCUUUAGCCACCCAAUGGGGGAAUGAGUUCAACACGAUGCAGACACAAAGCCUAGGCGCACAAUGGGCAACGCAAUUCCACGAGACGCGUCCAAUGGUGGCGAUGGAGAGCGCAUGGAGUCAAGCGACUGAGAAACAAGCUUUUCAGGCUCCCCAGGGCUCGUCACUCGACAGCGGCAUGUGGUCGGCCGAAUUCCUCGACAACAUCGACACAUCACUCAACAAGACGCAGGGCGAUAUUUACUCGGACGCGUGGGCAGACGCGGAGGUUGCGCACGAGUCAAGGAUGGGCGACAUGGAGGAGGCGUGGGAUGAGGUGUGGAAUAAAAAACAGUUGGACGCUCUCAGACAUCAAUUCGCGAACUCGUCGAUCGAGACCGACUACACGCACGAGCUCUCGAAUCCUUUCCUAUCCGAAGCGAACCCGAGCUCACUCGGCGAGAACCUCCUCAAAGAGGGCGACCUCGGCGGAGCGAUUUUGGCCUACGAAGCGGCCACACAGCAAAAUCCACAGGAUGCUCAGGCUUGGUGCAAUCUCGGCUUGUCGUUGGCCGAAAACGAGUACGACACUCGGGCGAUCACCGCUUUUCGAAAGUGUUUAGAAAUCGAUUCGGGAAACAAAGAGGCUCUUCUCGGGAUCUCGGUUUCGCUAGCCAACGAAUCGCUUGAAAACGAUGCUCUUGAACAUCUGGAGAAAUGGGUUGUGGCACACACGGGCGGUGAUCCAAAAACGGUGAGCCGACCCGCACCCACCUAUAGCUCCUUUCUUGAUCACCACGUUUUUGGGCAAGUAGAGGAAAAAUUCUUGGAUGUCGCUCGAAGACAAGAGGGAGCAGGUGAUGCCGACCUCCAAAAUGCGCUCGGUGUCCUCUAUAAUUUGAAUCGCAAUUUUGAGAGAGCCACCGAAUGUUUGAAAUUAGCAGUGUCACAUAAACCACAGGUAUGUCGC